AUGGCCCAUACUCAACCCUCUCCCACGGGAGGCGUAACUCCUCACCAUGGGCAUAUUGCAGCUCAUCCACAGGUCAACGGCCACCUGCCGUUGCAGCCCCAAAGCCAGAAGGGCCCACCUUUGAGCACCGCCCAGAAGAUCGCCGCGCUCAACGAGCAGGUUUGGCUUCAAAUUGGGGGUCUUACCGAAAUGAUGGGCGACUUGGAAGGUGCCACGAAUGCCUACGAACAAGCUUUAAGGCACAACCAGUGGUCAAUUCCGGCCAUGAAUGCGAUCGCUUCUAUUCAUCGGACGAAGGAGCAGUUCCCAAAGGCGAUUGAGUAUCUUCAAAACAUUCUCAAGUUGGAUCCGACAAGUGGGGACACCUGGGGCAGUUUAGGCCAUUGUCAUCUGAUGAUGGAUAAUCUGCAGGAGGCGUAUACCUCUUACCAACAGGCGCUCUAUCACUUGCGCGACCCCAAGGAGCCCCGGUUGUGGUAUGGAAUCGGUAUCCUGUAUGACCGUUAUGGCUCGCUGGAUCAUGCCGAAGAAGCCUUCUCCCAGGUCAUGCGGAUGGCCCCUGAAUUCGAAAAGGCCAAUGAAAUAUACUUCAGGCUGGGAAUUAUCUACAAGCAGCAGCAGAAGUUCGCCCAGAGUUUGGAGUGCUUUAAAUACAUCGUUACCGAUGCUCCUCGCCCAUUGACAGAGGAGGACAUUUGGUUCCAGAUUGGCCACGUCCACGAGCAGCAGAAAGAUUUCGAAUCUGCGCAGGCAGCUUACAGAAGGGUGCUUGACCAUGAUCCCAAUCAUGCCAAGGUGUUGCAACAGCUUGGAUGGCUGCACCACCAACAAAGCAACAACUAUGCUAGCCAGGAGAAGGCUAUUGAGUACCUUGAGAAAUCCGUCAGCUCUGAUAAUGGCGAUGCCCAGAGUUGGUAUCUUCUCGGUCGUUGCUACAUGUCGCAGGCCAAGUACCCCAAGGCCUAUGAAGCUUAUCAGCAAGCCGUCUAUCGGGACGGUCGCAACCCGACCUUCUGGUGCUCGAUUGGUGUACUCUAUUAUCAGAUCAAUCAGUACCGGGAUGCGUUGGAUGCUUAUUCUCGUGCUAUCCGUUUGAACCCCUAUAUCUCGGAAGUGUGGUACGAUCUGGGAACUCUGUACGAGUCUUGUAACAACCAGAUCGCCGACGCCCUUGAUGCGUACGGUCGGGCUGCUGAUUUGGAUCCGACCAAUGUCCAUAUCAAAGCGCGCCUGCAGCUCCUCCAGAGCCAGUUGUCAGGUUCCAGUAACAGCAACGCCCCGGCUCCUCAGCCGCAGGAUGUCCACCCCCAGGCUUAUCAAGCUCCUGGUGUCGGAGCGCCUCCGGCGCCUCAAUGGGGUGCACCAGCGCCAACCGGUGGUCCACCCCCGCAGGCUCCCGCUCCACCAAGACAGAUAGCUGACUGGAACCGUGGCAUCAAUGAAAUCCAGUCCCAGGCCCAGGCACAAGCCGCCAAUGGUUUUGACCCUCGUGAUGUCGUCCGUGCCGCUGCCUCUCUCCAGCAACCAAGCCCGCGACAAGAACCGGGACGAGGCUUCCCCGACGCUGUGCGUGCGCAGCCCGGCCGCUCCCCGAAGACUACCCUCACCGGCCCGAGUGUUUACGCGCCUGCCCAUGCUCUCCCCCAGCUUGCCAACCCCCCCGCUUCCGCUCUCGAUCGUGCUGCAAGUGGCGCUACUGCCUUCUCGCCGGCUACCCGUGGGCCUUUGCCGCCUGCCCCUGCCGCUCCUCCUGCUCCCGGCGGUCCAAAUGGCCCUGCUUCGGCCAACGCUUUGCCUCCCUACCAUCGUCCGUUCAGUCCUCCCCCGGAGGUCAGACCCUUGCGUGAUGAACGCCCUUCCUCACCCGGAUCUACCUAUCCCCACCAGCAGUACCAUCACGGCCCUAGUGUCCCUGUGCAGGGCGGCAGCGGUGGUGGUAUCGCAGGCGGUGCGCCGCCACCGGCGUCUGCUAUUAGUGCCGCUGAGGCCGCCGCCCGUGAGCGCGAGGAACGUCCUGGCUCAGCUAUGAAGCGUGGUAGGGAGUGGGAAGCGGAGGCUGGACCCGUCAAGAAACUCGCCAGCGAAGAGACCCGUGCCCGCCUCGACGACCAGUUGUCUCGUCGCAUCACCCCACCCAACCGCAUGCCGUCUCCUGGGGAGAUCCAAAGGCGCAGCUCUUCGGAGAUUCGUCGUGAGGACCAGCGUCGUGUCAACGAGAACUAUCAUCCCUCCGAGGCAGCCCACCACCCUCCUACCCUGCCUUCCAUCCAGCACAUGCCCCCUCAUCCGUCGGGCCCUAGUCUCCCUCCCAUGGCCGAGAGUUCUGCUGCGGCAUCCAACGGACCUCCCUCGGGAUCAGCGUCUGCUCAGGUUCAGGUCAAAGAAGAGCCUACCCGUAGCGAACAAGGUCCCGCGCACGAGCCUGCGGCACGCAAAAUGGAUGUGGAUGAGAACUACGAUGAUGACGAUGAUGAAAAACGAGCUGGUGCUGUCGUGAAGGGUAGCCCGCACGCCAGUGGGUCGGGCAGUGCUAACAACAAUAGCAACGGGGUCUUGAGCGGCGGCAACCCACCUACGCCGGCGAAGCCCGAGUCUACGGUUUAG